AUGGAUAUCCGUCAGAACUACCAGAACUUUCAGCCCUUUCAGCCUCCAGAUCCGCUCCCGCAAGAUCAGUCAAUGCGGGACGAUUCUAGCAUCAACACCAUAACAGCCUCUACCGUCCAAGCCCUCCCCGAAGUCCACACAGCAUACACUCCCGAGCCGCCGCAUCAAUCCUCGCGCCCACAUACAUCCUACUCCGAUACAGGCUUCUCGCGGUCGUACUCCCACGACUCGCAAUCGCGGGACCAGUAUCAUCCCGGUUACACUCAGUUCUCACACUCUCAAACUUCGACGCCAGACGCAGUAACACCUCCACCGCCGCAAUACGGCUACAGCCAGAAUGGGCAUUAUGGACAGGGCAUGCCGAGCAGACCAUCAUCUGGGCACACAGGCGGCCCCCAAAGCGGCCACGACCGCUACUCCCACAGCGAAGGCAAUGCGCGGUCCUCCGGCUAUCAAGAACCAAGUCAGCGAUCCUAUCAAGCGGCGCCUCCCCAGCCGCAGCCGCAACAACAGUACCAACAGCAGCCGCCCCCACAGCAACAGAAGGAGAACACAUCGGUGGUCAUAAAAGUAGGCAUGGUGGGCGAUGCGCAGAUCGGCAAAACCAGCCUGAUGGUCAAAUAUGUCGAAGGCUCUUGGGACGAAGACUACAUCCAGACGCUGGGCGUGAACUUCAUGGAGAAGACCAUCAGCAUCCGGAACACUGAGAUCACAUUUUCAAUCUGGGAUCUGGGCGGUCAGAGGGAGUUUGUCAAUAUGCUGCCGCUCGUGUGCAACGAUGCGGUGGCGAUACUGUUUAUGUUCGACUUGACAAGGAAGAGCACGCUGAAUAGCGUCAAGGAGUGGUAUAGACAGGGAAGGGGGUUCAAUCGGACGGCGAUUCCGGUGCUGGUGGGGACGAAGUAUGACUCCUUUGUCGGGCUGCCGCAGGCGGAGCAGGAGGAAAUAAGCAACCAGGCCAAGCGUUUCGCGAAAGCGAUGAAAGCCUCCCUCAUAUUCAGCAGCACAAGUCACAGCAUCAAUGUGCAGAAGAUCUUCAAAAUCGUCCUUUCGAAAGCAUUCGACCUUCGCUGCACGAUCCCAGAAAUUGAGCACGUGGGCGAGCCGUUGCUCCUGUACCAGUCCGUGGGUUAG